CGUUGGUAUCCCCUGCCCUCAUCUUCUCGUCCAGCAGCUAAACGUCGAUUUCUAUAUCUAGGAAAGUAGCCAAAAGUGACCAAGAUGGCCAGCACGACGCCAGCAGAAUGGUGCCAAGCCUUCUUCGUGGUCAGCACCGCGAUUUUGUUCUCGAUGCAAGUUCUCCCGGACAACGCUCGCAAGGCCUUUUUCGCAUACGGUGCUAGGCGGCCGGCGCAUACCCAGCAUGGGCCAAAUAGCCAAGCUUCCGGGCAGAAGGCUGAGGCAAAGGCAGAUUCUCUUCUGGUCCUGACAAGCUAUGCCCAGGUGCCUCACUCGUGGUUCAUACACUUCUACAUAGUAUCUGUGUCAUGGUCAAUUUUCUGGGGCUGGCAAUAUAUAUCCAAGGGCAGCAUCAUGCGGGCCAUGGCUGAGAUGCAGCAUCGAUCUGCAGUGGGGAGCCAUUCUCCCGAGGUCGAGCUGAGCGCCACGCUGGUGACUUGGCUUCUGAUGAGCUGCCAAGGAGCGAGAAGACUGUCCGAGUGUCUUUUUGUCUCAAAACCCGGAUCAUCUCCCAUGUCGGCAUUUCAUUGGGCUCUUGGAGUGGCCUAUUACACAGCCGUGGGCAUCAGCGUCUGGAUACAAGGAUCAGGAGCAAUCCUCAAAUCGUGGGUGUCGCCGCAGCCAAUUCAUUUUACACCACAAAUCAUAAUCGGGGCCGCAAUCUUCGGCUUUGCAGGUGCUCAGCAAAAUAACUGCCACAGGUAUCUGGCGAGCCUCAAGAAAUACACGCUCCCAAGUGAGGGCUGGUUUAAGUACCUCGUUUCCCCCCACUACACGUUCGAAUGCCUGGUUUACGUGGGCCUUGCCGUCGCUGCGGCGCCCCGAGGAGCCCUCUUUAAUAGAUCGAUCUUGUACAUAUUGUUGUUCGUCGUGUCGAAUCUCGGUGCGACAGCAUAUGGCACGAAAAAAUGGUAUGCUGAAAAGUUCGGGGCGGACAAGCUGGUUGGAAAAUGGGCCAUGAUUCCGUUUGUAUUCUAGACUACGUUGCUCCUGAAGCUCUAAACGCGCUUUCAUCGCUUGUUGAACAGACCCAAUCUGUUUCCAACCUUGGAAACUUUGAGGACAUCUCGGUAUGUGAGACUAGUGCGGGUUUGUCUCACGCUUUGGCCGCUGGCAAACGCCUCGGGUUCUCGAAGCAACGGCCAAUUUACAAUCGUAUCGGCGGAUAGGUCUAGGUCUUCCUUAAUACCGGAUAUUCCAUGCAGAUAGUCUGUAUAUAGAGUCGCUGUAGUGAUAAGAAGACUACGAGGUUCUUGGAUAAUUCGCCAAGCAGGUUCGGGAUCAAGGGCGCCGUCCUCUUUGCUGCGGUACAGGUUCAGACAGAUGCUGGCGCCCAGGCUGACGGUGC